AUGGCCCCCUCCCGCCGCAAACCCCCCAACCUCUCCCCCAUCCUCAUCCCCCUCCUCCCCUCCCUCUCCUCACAAUCCAUCCACCACCUCACCCCCCCAACACGACCACUCACCCCGCAACCCCCCUCCGCGGACCCCACCGAUGACCCCUCCUACACGCGUCCCAUCCAAGCUAACACAACCUUCUACCAAGACCGCGAACAACGCGGGAUCGCCGAGAUGCUGACGCGCUACCGCGCGAUCAUCAGUGCGGUGCCGAUGGAUGCCUCAGAUAAGGGUAGUAAGGCGGCGAGGGAGGGGGCGGCGAGUGUGGGGUUUAGUAUGGAGGCUGAGGGGAGGGCUUUGGUAUGUUUUUCCCCGAGGAGGUUGUGAAGAUUGUGGAAGAUUGUGGGAGGGAAGGAAAGGGAGAGUGCUAAUUAUGGAUGUAUAGGUCAAAGCCGCCGAGGACCUCCUAAAACUCACGCGCGAACUGAAGGAACUGUGGCUUUUUGGACCACUACGCGGGAUUGGAGAAGGAGAGGGAGAGGGGAAGAUGGAUGAGGAUUCAGUGAAGGUGGGAGGGAUGUUGGAAAGUAUCUUGCGGAAGGAUAUUGAGGGUGGGGAGUCGAAGUUGGGUGCUUGA